AUGGAAGCGCCCGUAAGCAUCAUCGAGGAAAUCACUGGCCAGAUGGUCACGUGGCUAAAGAACUUGGUUGCCAUCCCCAGUGUGUCAGCCGAAAAAGAACACCACAAGGACAUCGUGCGUGCCAUCAAAGAAACCAGCACGAUACUGCAAGAACAAGGUGCCCACGUGACUGAAGUUUCCCUAGGCGACCAGCAGCUGUCGGACGGAAGCAAGGUUUCGUUGCCACCACUACUGCUGGCCACAACGGGCCAAGAAGCCGCCAAGAAGACUCUAUGCGUCUACGGGCACCUGGACGUCUAUCCCGCACGAAAGUUCCUGAUCGACAGCAUGAAAGAAGUUGGCUCUCAAGGAUUGGAUUCCUACUUGGCGGAAAACGCGAAAGAGGACUUCUUCAGAGGCAUACAUUUUGUUUGCAUAGCCGAUGGCUUCUGGCUGAGCCCAUGCACACCUUCCGUCAGCUAUGGCCUAAGGGGAUGGUGUUCCUUCAACGUGGAGAUAACGCCCGCUCAAUCAGAUCUUGAAUCUGGUGCUGAUGGUGGAGCACUGCACGAGCCGAUGGCGGACGUUGUCUUCCUACUGGACAGUCUAAUGGGCGCCCGCGGUCACGUCUCCGUAGAAGGCUUCCACGAUGACGUGGCCCCAAUCACGGACACUGAGUGGAAAUUAUACGAGCACGUGGACUUUGAUACGAUCGAGUACCAGAGUACGCAUGACAUCCGGCGCAUCACCAUCGACGACAGGCUGCAACUGCUCAUGCGCAAGUGGCGAUACCCAUCUCUCACCAUACAUGGCAUUGAAGGCGCCCACUCGUCUCACGGUGAGAAGACGGUGAUCCCGGGUCGCGUGGUUGGAAAGUUUUCCGCAUGCACGGUACCCAACCAGACGUGCCAGAAGGUGUGCGACUGCGUCACCAGUCACCUGGAGCGGCAGUUCGCUAAAAGAAACAGCCCCAAUGGCUUCAAAGUGACCAUGACGCAGAGCACCGAGACGUGGUCCAGUCCACCUAAGAGGCCUCACACCAAGGCCACUGUAGCCGCCGUCCGUCACAGUAAGCUGGAUGACAGUGACCACACUACCACACGCUACGAGCAGAAAAUCGAGAAGGUGGCGCGAAAGCUGCCAUUCUUUGUGUUUUCGUGCUUCUCGUCGUCACAAAUAGCCAGAAUGCUGCGUGAAGUGACCAGGAAUAGUACUGUAGCCUGA